AUGGUUCGUCUCUUUGCGCAUGCCCUCUUACUGUUGGCCGGCUCUAGCUUUGCUGUUGCCCAGAGACCAGAGAUCCCCGAUGGUAUUCCACUUGACAAAGCGACACGGGAUUAUCUCGAGUCGCUGCCUACUGACGAGUUGGCAGCGGCUCUAGAGGUAUAUCAGGAAGCCAUUGCCAGCCAGGUCCCUGCACCCCCCGAAUUGAUUACCCAGCAGGAGCUCUCCCUCUAUGGCAAGAGCCCCGCCGUCUACCCGAGCCCCCUGGUGAAAGGCACCGGCACCUGGGCAGAUGCCUACGCUCACGUGAAGGCUCUCGUCAACCAGAUGACGAUCGAAGAAAAAGCCAAUAUUACGAGUCUGUCCGAUGGCGGCGUGCCGGCCAUUCCACGGCUCGGUUUUCCAGGCUUGCGUGUCCAUGACGGUCCAAAUGGCCUUAACGCGCUGGAGGAAGUUACAGCAUAUGCCUCCGGCAUAACGGUCGGAUCGUCUUGGAACAAGGAUUUGGCUCAUGCUCGGGGACAGAGUAUGGGCAAGGGAGCAAGACGUAAAGGAGUAAGCAACUUGCUGGGACCGACUAUCGGUCCGCUUGGCCGGACAGUGGCAGGCGGUAGAAACUGGGAGAGUUUCUCUGUCGACCCGUACUUAUGCGGCCAAAUGGGAGCAAAAACCGUGCUGGGAAUCCAGGAAAGCGUCAUUGCGACGGCCAAGCACUUUGUCCUCAACGAGCAGGAGACCGACCGUAACCCAAACAUGUUUGGGUUCGGCAACGCCUCGGUAUCUUCCAAUAUCGAUGACAAGACCAUGCAUGAGUACUACCUAUGGCCAUUUCAGGAUGCAGUGAAGGCUGGUGUUGGCUCUGUUAUGUGCUCCUAUCAGCGUGUCAAUGGCUCUCAUAGCUGUCAGAACAGCUGGACGCAGAACGGACUCCUGAAGACUGAGCUCGGCUUCCAGGGAUAUAUCAUCAGCGACUAUAAUGCACGAUGGGGUGGCAUUGCCAGCACCCAGGCGGGUAUGGACUUGGUCACGCCCCCAUCAGCAUUCGACCUGGCCAAUCCGCUCGGACUGCCCCCAAACAUUUCGAAAGCGCACGAGGGAAGCAGCUCAAUUGACCCGUCUCCAGAAGCCAAAUAUAUCAUACGUCAGGGAGCCGUCGAAGGAGCCGUACUAGUUAAGAACGUGAACAACACCCUGCCGUUGAAAAAGCCAAAGAUUCUAUCUCUUUUUGGCUAUGAUGCCCACGCACCUCUGGUCAACACUCCAACGGGUGCGAACAGCAAGUACUCUCUCGGAUACCAGAGCGUAAACAGAACCCAGGCACAGGUUCAAGGUCUCUUUGUUGGUGUCGGCGAAUGCCCAUCUGCUGCUACACUUGGCACUCUGGUUGGUGGGGGAGGAAGCGGUUCAGCUACUCCCCAGUAUAUCAAUUCUCCAUUUGACGCAUUCCAGCAACGGGCGUAUGAGGAUGGUACCUUCCUCUACUGGGACUUUGACUCCGAAGAUCCUUCUUACUCCGAAUCUGAUGCGUGUCUUGUCUUCAUUAACGAAUUCGCCUCUGAGGGUGUAGACCGAGUCUCUCUCGCCGAUCAAUACUCUGAUAACCUUGUUAUGAACGUCGCCAAAAAGUGCCCCAGCACUAUCGUGUCUAUACACAAUGCAGGGGUCAGACUCGUGGAUCGGUGGAUAGACCACCCGAACGUCACAGCUGUCAUAUUUGCCCAUCUUCCCGGCCAAGACGCCGGCCCCGCUCUCGUCGACAUCAUGUACGGGGAACAGGCCCCGUCCGGCAAACUACCCUACACAGUCGCCAAGAACGAAUCCGACUACAGUGAAGAGCUAUUAUGGCCUGUGCGCCCAGAUAACUCGUCGAACUACUACACACACGCGGAUUUCACCGAGGGCUCCUAUAUCGACUACCGCCGCUUCGAUGCUCUCAAUAUCGAGCCUCGCUUUGAGUUCGGGUUUGGGCUUACUUACACGACUUUUAACUACUCGGACCUUAAGGUACGCCAUACCGAGGCUAACUCGUCCUUUUAUCCGCCGCCGGGCGAGGUCAUGGAGGGUGGCCUCCAAUCCCUUUGGGACGUCAUUGCUAUCGUGACCGCGAGAGUCUCGAAUGCCGGAGAAGUUACAGCCUCGGAAAUCCCCCAGCUGUAUGUGGGCAUACCAAAUGCGCCAAUUAAACAGCUACGAGGCUUCGAGAAGAUUCCACUUCACCCCAAAGAGAGCAAAUCUGUCAGUUUCCCAUUGACCAGGCGUGACCUUAGUCUGUGGGAUACCGAGUCGCAGAGUUGGUAUCUUCAGAGAGGAGAGUACAAGUUGUAUGUUGGUUCGAGCAGUCGGAAUAUCAGACUGACCGGUAGUAUGACCUUCUAA